AUGUCCACAGAGACUGAUCUGGAGAGUUUAUUGGAGGAUCUGGGAUUGGAGCAGUGCUACAGAGAAAAGCUGUCUCUCAGCAAAAUACUUGAGAUUGAUGAGAAGACCAUCACUGAUGAACCUCCCAAGAGUAAAUCAGAUCUUCCAUGGUAUUUUCUCAAGAAACUGAUGAUGGUUAAUGUGACAGCUAGGAAUAUGAAAUGUACAUCUGUAACUAAGUCAACCUGUGGUAGUGCAUCAGAGAUGACAAAAUUAGAUCUUAAAAAUCUGUUCAUUGGGCCAAAUACUGUUGACAUUCUGAACCCCUUGGAUAUAAUCACUGCUCUCUUUCUGUGUUCUGAUGGUUUUGUGAAGCAGGAAAUGGCACUAAAAAUGUCUAUGUGUCAGUUUUCUGUGCCUCUGCUGCUUCCCAACUGUGACACAAAACAGUGCACACUCAUGCUGUGGGCCAUGAGAGACAUCGUUAAAAAGUACAGACCUCAGUCACUUUCAGAAUCGAAGGGCUUCACUGAAGAGAGAAUCGUUCUCUCUGAAAUUCCAAUGAUCUCUUUUGUGAGACUGGGUGAGUGCUCCUUGUCCAAGUCAGAGAUCCUCAAUAAGUUUCUGAGUAACUCUCAGCAGUACCAUGACACCUUUGUUCACCAAGAUAUGGAGUGUGGUGACAGUCCAAGAAGAAUCUCCAAUGGACUGACUGAAAUUACUUGGUACCUUCCCUGUGGAAGCAAAAACUUGGAUGUUUUCAGUCAACCAGUCGCUGUAGCUAACCUUCGCGGUGACAUUGCUUCCUUUGAAACACAAUACUCCUUUUUGUGUCAGACGUCUGCAGCGGUUUUUGUGUUCUUUGACAACCUGGACUCUGAAUGCAGUCUACUGACCAACCAGAACCACGAGCGAUGA